AGGAGGGUGGAGGAGGAGGAGGAGGAGGAGGAGGAGGAGGGCAGGAUCCUACCAUCCAGGUUCAUUUCCCACAGCAAACAGCAGCAGCGAGCCGCUGUGGAAACACCAGCCCUGCCCUGCUGCGCCGUGCGGCCCUGACACCGGAGAGGAUCCAGUGGCUCUCCUGAGGACCAGCCAUGCUUCACACGCUGUACGAGUGGUUCUGGUCGGAUGGGAUCUGGCUCCCCAAAGAGCUUUCCUGGGCUGAUCUGGAGGACAAGGAGGGUCGGGUCUAUGCCAAGCCGUCACAUCUCUAUGUUACUGUUCCCUACGCCUUCUGCUUUUUGCUCAUCAGAUAUCUGUUUGAAAGGUGGAUAGCCACUCCACUUGCUGCUGUUGCUGGAAUCAAGCACAAAGCACCCCUGAAAGCAGAGAAAAACCCCAUCCUGGAGCUGCACUACACCACUCAGGGUAGAAAUCCUGCUCAGAGUGAAAUUGACGGCCUGUCGAAGAAAAGCAAUUUGUCGGUGAGACAAGUGGAGCGCUGGUUCAGAAGAAGACGUGGACAGGACCGUCCCGGAGUCCUCAAGAAGUUCAGAGAAGCCAGCUGGAGGUUUGUCUUCUACUUGUCUGCAUUCAUUGGGGGAAUAGUAGCGCUGUAUGAUAAAGAAUGGCUUUAUGACACAAGAGAAGUUUGGACGGGCUUUCCAAAGCAGUCCAUGCUGGAUUCUCAGUACUGGUAUUAUAUUCUGGAGAUGAGCUUCUACGGCGGUCUUCUCAUCAGUGUUGCCUUUGAUGUCAAGAGAAAGGACUUCAGGGAGCAGAUCAUCCACCACUUGGCCACGUUGGUCCUCUUGUCGUUCUCCUGGUUCGUCAAUUACAUUCGGAUAGGAACGCUGGUCAUGCUCGUCCAUGAUGCUUCUGAUGUUCUCCUUGAGUCUGCCAAAUUAUUCAACUAUGCCAAAUGGGAGAAAACCUGCCAAGCUCUCUUUGUUCUGUUCGCCAUCGUGUUCAUGGUCACGCGACUGGUCAUCUUUCCAUUUUGGCUGAUCCACUGCACCUGGGUUUACCCGGUCCUCUACUACCCCGCCUUCUUCGGCUACUACUUCUUCAACGUGAUGCUGGUGGUCCUGCUCUGCCUGCACGUGUUCUGGGCCUACCUCAUCCUCUGCAUGAUCAAGAAGUUUAUGUUUGGAAACCUAAAGCGAGACGAAAGAAGCGACAAUGAAGAGGAAGAAGGAGAAGACAGCAGCCUGACAGAGGAGGAAAUGGAGCAGCCACACAAGCUCACCAAUGGACCGGCAGUGGAUGAGAAGGAGGAGAAAAACGGCUGCUUCGGACACUUGUCUCCCCCAGAGAACCUCUGCUGGUCCAAGACUGUGUACUGACUCAUGUUCAGCGUCGCCGGCGAGAAAAGCUGUGGUAACAGGAAAUACGUGAACUCUGAGGGGCUUCUGGAUGGUCUGUGGCGGUACUGAAGAUUGUUCUCUGCACAUCUGUGUGGUUUCAUUACAAACACACAACAGUGCCAUCUCAUCUCCCAGCAUGAGAACUUCACAGUUUUUAGCAUUUCUACUGUUUCCAUGUAAAACGUUGUCGUGUAAACGUGGAACUUUUCUUUGUCUCGAUGUGUUUUCACUUGAAUGAGGCCUUAUUUCAGGUUAUUAAUACCAAACUGGCAAAGAGUCCAAUCUCUUUUGACUAAUUAACGCCAAAAACUGCGAGGUUUUAAACGGCUCACAUACUUUUUCUUGCCACCGUUCUUGCCGCACUGCUAAAUGCAUUUCACCCUCUAUUUAUUGUCCCAACAAAUUCUGCAACACGACCCAGCUAAAAUAAUCGGCGCUGCUCUGACCGAGCUUUGAACGGCUCGGGGACUCGGAGGCCUUUUCCUUCCCGCAGUGUUGACGGUGGCAGCGCUUCACUCAGAAGACUCGCAGGUCCGAAGAGGCCCGAAAACAAAGCAGGAAUCCCACCGUGGGCUCAUAACGCUGUUUGGUUAGUUCUGUGUGGACGGUGGAGUUCACAGCUGGGGGAGAGCUGCCCCUGUGUGGGUGGAGGUUGUGUUGCUGUGUUCGCACACUUUGGAGAUGUGAUCAGGUUACCUCAAUAUGAACACGUCCAAUCAGUGUUUGAAUACUGAAACAAAGUGGCUGGAUGGAAACUUGAGAAAUGCCAAGAUUAGCUGGGAUUUGGGAAUAUCUGCCACAACAGCUUUGGGUUCAACAAAAUUUUCUUUUUAUUAAAAAAAUUGUCCCUGUUUAUAUACAAAAAUCCAAAAUAAACCUGAAAGUGUCA